AUGAAGUUACAACUGAAAGUCACCUUUAUUAUUCUGCAUACUUUUUGUGCGAUCACAAGAGCAGACACCGUAACACUCACCCCGCAACUUGGUUUGAAUACGGGCAGAAAAUUGAUCCAGAACCAGACGCCGUUUCCAAAGUGGCUUUCAGAUUUUACUGGACUGUCAGCAUGGCCGGAUUUUGAUCCACCUUACAUCCCAUUGAAUUUUAUUGACAUGAAUAAAAUACCAGACUUUGACUCCUACAAACAGGGGGAUUGCUCGAAAGUUUCCAAGUCAAUGUGUUCGUUUGAUUGCCACGGUUGUGUUGCAGACGGUGAUAUACAAACUUGUCGAAAGCUUUCCCAGACGUUUGAUGAUGGCCCAUCUCAGGUAACGGAACAAUUACUGAAUAAGUUGAACUCCAAGCUAACAUUUUUUGUCUUGGGCGUCAACGUUGUCAGCUAUCCAGAUCUUUACGAAAAAAUGAUGGAUAAAGGACAUUUGAUUGGAUCACAUACAUGGUCUCAUAAAUAUCUUCCAAGUCUAACUAACGAACAGAUUAUUGCUCAGAUCGAAUGGUCUAUAUGGGCAAUGAACGCCACGGGGCAUCAUACACCAAAAUGGUUCAGACCACCGUAUGGGGGUAUCGAUAAUCGUGUCCGGGCAAUAACGGAACAAUUCGGACUACAAUCGGUUCUAUGGGAUUAUGAUACAUUUGAUUGGAGCCUGGACGGGGAGAACCCGGUUAAAAGCGAAAGGAAAAUAUACAGCGAUAUAAGAAAAUUGAAGGAGAAUAGAACUGGUAUAAUUCUUGAACACGAUGGAACAGAAAUAACUGCAGAAGUAGCCAUCAAGAUCCAGGAUAUUAUCGGAAAUGACCAACUGACAGUGGCGCAAUGCGUUGGCGGUAACGAUUAUCUUCAUAAAUACGAUGACACACCAAAGCAUUAA